AUGGAGUGGGAACCUAUCAGUGAUAGACUGCUAAGAGCAAGAUUCGACUCCCGAUACUGUAAAAUGACCAUCCUGCAGUGUUACGCCCCUACAAAUGAGGCAGAGGAGGACACAAAGGACGAAUGGUACAAGCAACUGCAAUAUGCAGUCUCCAAGGUCUCACAACAUGACAUGCUCCUGAUAAUGGCAGUAGGCAGUGAUCACCACCUGGUCAUAGCCAAGAUUCGGCUAAAACUCAGAGCAACAUCAAAUAUCAAACAGCGACGCAUGUAAGCUUCUUGCACCAAAGGUGAAAAAAGAUUUCACCAUUGAGCUUAGAAACCGCUUCAGUGCACUGGAAAGUGAAGACGGAGAAGGAAAUGAAGAUAACAACAAUGUUGAGAAGACAUGGGGGAACAUAAAAGUGUACAAGGAAACAGCAGAGAGUGUCAUAGGCUUUAGAAAGAAAGGAGACAAACAAUGGAUAACACCUCAGACGUGGACAAAAAUUGACGAGAGGAAGAAAGCCAAAGACAAACUGCUGAGUGCAAAGUCGCCCAGGCUAACUGAACGUGCAAAGAAAGAGUACAAGGAGAAAGACUUAGAGGUCAAGAAAAGUGCCCGAAGGGAUAAGAGAGCCUUUGUGGAGAACCUGGCAAGUGAAGCAGAGAUGGCUGCAGCUAAAGGCCAACUCAGUAUAGUGUAUAGGAUCACCAAACAGCUAAGUGGUCCAAGGAAGAACUACACCAGACUAGUUAAGGAUAAACAAGGCAACCUGUUAACAACUGAAAGGGAACAAGCUGAAAGAUGGGCCCAACACUUUGAAGAAGUGCUAAAUGGACCAGCACCUGAAGAGCCAGCAGAUCCAGAGCCUUUGGAUGAUGACCUUGCCAUUAACACUGAUCCUCCUUCCCAAGCUGAAGUCCUAGCUGCAAUCAAGGAUAUGAAGAGGGGGAAAGCCCCUGGAAUCGACAUGCUACAUGCAGAAAUGUUGAUAGCAGAUAUCACCACAGCCUCCAGGGUGCUAACCGACCUCUUUGCCAAGAUAUGGGAGCAAGAUACCAUACCAAGGGAAUGA